ACAUUGCAGCGAUUCCUUUUCCUGUCUCGCCGAUCUGGAGAGCCAGCGAGCCGGGCGCGGGGGCCACGCUGGGGCUGGGGCUGGGGCUGGGGCAAGGGAGGGCUGUCCUCAGAAGGGGCGGCCGCCGCCUGUUCUGGUGAGAUCCGGCGGCUUUCCAAGUGUGGAGUUUCUUUCAAGAUCCCGGGGAAAUCGCCUCAAAAGAAACUGUGUCUUUUCCAAACAGCGAAGCGGGAAGGAUCCGAGUUGUGAUCUAGCUCGCGUGAGCAAACUUCCUACUAUUGGGGAAAGAAAGGGACGGAGGAAGGGUGAGGCGGCCGGAGAAGGGACUAUUGCCAGCUGCCUCGGCUACGGACGGUACGAUGUUGUCUAACUCCCAGAACCAGAACCCCCAGGUACUUUUUCCCAACCCACCCCCUCCUCCCCCGCCGCCCCUCCAGCCACAGCCGCCGCAGAUGGCCCAGCAGCAACAGUUCCCCCAGUUCCAUAUCAAGUCCGGCCUUCAAAUAAAGAAAAAUGCCAUCACGGAUGACUACAAGGUCACCACUCAAGUGCUGGGGCUGGGGAUUAAUGGGAAAGUUUUGGAAAUCUUUAACAAGAGAACCUCGGAUAAAUUUGCUCUGAAGAUGCUGCAAGACUGUCCAAAAGCUCGCAGGGAGGUGGAACUCCACUGGAGGGCGUCUCAGUGUGCCCAUAUUGUGAAAAUUAUGGAUGUCUAUGAAAAUCUUUACCAAGGACGAAAAUGUCUCCUGAUAGUCAUGGAAUGUUUGGAUGGCGGGGAACUCUUCAGUCGAAUUCAGGACAGAGGAGAUCAAGCUUUCACAGAACGAGAGGCUUCUGAAAUAAUGAAGAGCAUUGGAGAAGCCAUUCAGUAUUUACACUCAAUCAACAUUGCACACCGUGAUGUUAAGCCAGAAAACCUCCUAUACACCUCAAAAAGGCCAAAUGCUGUACUAAAGCUGACAGACUUUGGCUUUGCUAAAGAAACCACCACACAUAACUCCCUAGCUACACCAUGUUAUACACCAUACUAUGUGGCCCCAGAGGUGCUGGGACCAGAGAAAUAUGACAAGUCCUGUGACAUGUGGUCUCUUGGUGUCAUCAUGUAUAUUUUGUUGUGUGGGUAUCCCCCUUUCUAUUCAAACCACGGCCUGGCCAUUUCUCCUGGCAUGAAGAAACGGAUUCGGAUGGGUCAGUAUGAAUUUCCCAAUCCAGAGUGGUCUGAAGUAUCUGAAGAAGUCAAACAGCUGAUCCGAAAUUUGCUGAAAACAGAUCCAACGCAGCGCAUGACAAUAACAGAAUUUAUGAAUCAUCCCUGGAUUAUGCAAUCCAUGCAGGUGCCCCAGACACCACUGCAUACUAGCAGAGUUCUAAAAGAAGAGAAGGACCUAUGGGAAGAUGUCAAAGAGGAGAUGACCAGUGCCUUGGCCACCAUGAGAGUAGAUUACGAACAAAUCAAGAUUAAGAAAAUUGAAGACUCAUCUAACCCGUUGCUUAUGAAGAGGCGGAAGAAAGCAACCCCCCCUGAGCCUAGUCCUAUUUCUCCCUGAGCCCUCAGUGGAGCCAAGCCUGGUGGUUGUGAAUGAAAGCAAUAACUAUAUCUAUAUUUUUUUUAAUUAAUCAGAGGUGACUGUCAUAUCAAACGCAUGGAAUUCAGACCUUUGUACCAGACUAGUUAUUUUUUUAGCUGCCACUUGUGGUUCUCACCUUUCUGGGGCCAGGCAGGAGACAGCUGCUCUCUGUACAAUACACACUCCCCCCUUUGGUCCUGUAGGGAAAUAUUUUUGGUAAACUCUACCCCAAUUUCCUUUCAGAGACACGGAAAUUCCUGUGGUCAGCAUUUUAAAGGUUAAUAAUAAUAAUAAUAAUAUAUUUAAAACUACUGUAGAACUGAAAUCCAGACAGUAAGAGUCCUGUGCUACGUUUUUAGAGGUGAAGACUUUCAGUUUGUAUCGGAGAAGAGCCAGGGCUACUGAAGAAAUUCCGGGUGAUGCUGUUGUAUUAAUUUAAUAUCAGAAAUUGCUCCUUUGAGGAUUGCUAUUUGGUCCAUUGGAAGGUUUUGGAAACAGUGAUCUUAUACCAAAAGUGAAAGGUGUCUCCUUUAAACUGGAAGUCUUCUCUCUGAAUUUUGUGUACAUAGGAUGCUUUCCUCUUACUUGUGAGUUGUGGAUUACAUGUAAUAAUAUGGUAGAAUGUAACUUGAGUGUGAGUAAAGGUGCAAGAAGGCUCUACUUUUGGUUUCUACCCUGAAUGUUUGAAGGGUAGUGGGAGGGCCUCUGAUGCACCCCAAAUUCAGUUUAUGAUCUCAGGGUAUUUGAAGGUCAGGGAGGAGAGAAGAUGUGUGUUGAAUGAAGAUGUUGAUGAUGGAGCACUUUCAUUAGCUGACCCAGCCUUCCUGGAGAAAUGCAUCAGAACAUGUCUUGCUGUCCUUCACCAUCUCAUUCAGUGUUCAUGCUGAUGUCCUUGUUAUCGCUCAAAAGUUCUUAUGUUAUAAUAUUGCAGGCUCAUAUCUCCACACAAACGAACAUUGUGUUGUGACUGUUGCUAUUGUCUUCCCGUGUAGCUAAGCAUGACAGUCCUUAUCUACAACAACACCUUCUAUUUGUUUGGAGCUUGUAGCAAACCUGAGAUAUACAUCUUACUGGAAUUCAGCUUGGACAUGGCAUGGGGCAAAAUCUGCCACCUACCCAUUCUAAAGUGGAAAAUAUGGUGAAAAAUGGAAGCACCAUAAAAAUGGGGUUUUGUUGGGUGAGUUUCUUUGUGGCUUUCAGUGUCAUUUGCCAAAUGGCAAAACUGGUUGUGGUAAUGCCUAGAAAAUCAAAGAGCCUGAGCUGAGUUUGAAUGAGACAAAAUGGCUUCUCUGUGACCUGCAGACUUCAGCUGGGAUUCUCAUCAUCUUCUUCAACGUAUUUGCCUAAAGUUGAGCUCUCCUGAGUACAAAUUUCAAUUCUUACUUUGUGUUACAGAAGAAAAGGGUAAAGUGGCCCUUCACUGAAAAUUUGCCUCAUUCUGGUUGUCAGUCCAUUUUUCUGUUCCUUUCUGUAUAUCUUUCAUCCAUGACUGAAUAUCUUUUGCCAUAUUUGUUUCACAAGGUUUUAAUGUUUUAAACACUUUUUUUAAAAAAAAGAAUGGUAGCUUUUAGAUGACUUUUUAGACACUGUGUAAAAAUUAAUUUGUUCAAGGAGAAGAUUUUUUUUUGGUGUCUCUUUGUUGAAAACAAAUUCUCUGGUCUGCUUUUCCUUGUUUUGGAUUAAAGACACCUAGUACAUCAAA